CCAGCAAAAGCAAUAAUGAAGUGUUUCUCCUUAUCCUUGCUCUCUCUUUGUGUUCUCCUUUGUCUCUGUUUUAAGAGUGUGUCAUCUAAAAAUGUAUCUGAGAGUGACCUACAGCAAGCUAGCAUCCCACCAAGAGGUUGGAACUCUUAUGAUUCCUUUUCCUGGAUAAUUUCUGAAGAAGAAUUCCUACAGAAUGCUGAAAUAGUUUCUCAGCGUCUCCAUGAUCAUGGAUAUGAGUUUGUUGUGGUGGAUUACCUCUGGUAUAGAAGGAAAGUUGAGGGUGCUUAUCAUGAUUCUCUUGGAUUUGAUGUGAUUGAUGAAUGGGGGAGGAUGCUUCCUGAUCCAGGAAGGUGGCCUUCUUCAAAAAAUGGGAAAGGGUUUACCGAAGUAGCUAAUCAAGUACAUAGCAUGGGUUUAAAGUUUGGGAUUCAUGUUAUGAGAGGCAUAAGCACACAGGCUGUCAUUGCAAACACCCCUAUCCUAGAUACAACAACGGGAGGUGCUUAUCAAGAAUCUGGUCAGGUGUGGCAUGCAAAAGACAUAGCAAUCCCAGAAAGGGCCUGUGCAUGGAUGCCUCAUGGUUUUAUGAGUGUAAAUACAAAGUUGGGAGCUGGGAAGGCUUUUUUGAGGUCCCUUUAUGAGCAGUAUGCUGCAUGGGGUGUUGACUUGGUGAAACAUGAUUGUGUAUUUGGAGAUGACUUGGAUUUAAAUGAGAUAAGCUAUGUGUCAGAGGUUCUCAAGGAGCUUGACCGCUCCAUUGUAUAUUCUUUGUCUCCUGGAACCAGUGUGACACCAGCCAUGGCCAAGGAUGUCAGUGGACUGGUCAAUAUGUAUCGUAUAACAGGCGAUGACUGGGAUUCAUGGUGGGAUGUUAAAGCUCAUUUUGAUGUAACCAGGGAUUUUUCAACUGCUAAUAUGAUAGGAGCAGAAGGUUUAAACGGGAACUCCUGGCCUGAUUUGGACAUGUUACCAUUUGGAUGGCUAACUGAUGCUGGUUCAAAUGAAGGGCCACAUAGGUAUAGUCAUCUCAAUCUAGACGAGAAGAAGACACAGAUGACUCUCUGGUCUAUGGCAAAGUCUCCCCUUAUGUAUGGGGGAGAUGUUCGGAAGCUUGAUUCUACCAUAUAUGAUAUUAUCACAAAUCCUACCCUUCUGGAGAUUAACUCUUUUAGCUCAAAUAAUAUGGAGUUUCCUUAUAUCACAAGUCUGAAUAGCAAAGAUCAGGAUCUUGAAGGACAAAUGAGAAGAAGCAGCAAGGAAAUGAAACCAAUGUAUACAAAUUCGUUAGGCCUCACUAGCUGCUCUGAGUCAAAGGCAAGUGGUUGGACUAGUAAAACUCCCAAUCAAGAUCUUGAAAGAAUAUGUUGGAAAAGGAGUUUAGGAAAGAAGUAUCUUGCCCCUUUCUGUGUUCACAAGAGAGAACUUCACUUCACAUUAGAUGAAGAGAAUAUGUAUCAAGAGUAUCAUCAGGAGAAGUAUCAUUUAGUAGCAACCAACAGAAUUAAAUUUUGCCUGGAUGCUUCUCCGAAACGCAGGCUUACAUCUAAAGAGUUCAAGAGGGGUACAUUUUCUCCUUGCAGGUGGGACUCAAAUCAGAUGUGGCAGCUGCAUCCUAAUUGGACGCUGGUGAACAGUUAUUCUGGCUUGUGUGCAACAAUAGAGUCUAUCAAAGAUGCCAGCAGUUCUGGUGGUUUUCGGUCUUGGAUUGCAACGGGAAGAAAAGGAGAAGUCUAUGUUGCUUUCUUCAAUCUAAGCGAACAGAAGACGGUGAUAUCUGCGCAGAUGUCAGACCUGGCUAAGGUUCUUCCAGGCAGAGACUUCAGUUCUUGUGAGGGCAGUGAAUUAUGGAGUGAAGAUGACACUGAAAUAAUACAAGGAACAUUGUCAGCGUCAGUGGAAAUGCAUGGAAGUGCACUAUUUGUUCUGAAUUGCAACUAGCCCUCCCUACAAACCAAAGAAUAAGAAAGAAGAAAAAAAAAGUAAAGCAAAUAGCAUCUCACAGUCACAGGCUAGUGAGCCUUAAUUUUUGUUCUAUUCUAUCCAUCUUCCUAUGUUUAAGGUGGGCAAAAUUUGCAUGUAAAAUGAGUUUCCACAUAUAACUAUUGGACCACAUCUUGUGAGACAAAUUAAGUAGGUCAUGAUAGUUGUUCUAGUGGCUAAUGGCUGCUUGAUAGAGAUGGCCUCAUGGUGGUUGUGAAAAGAUCACAUUCUCUUUGUCAAAUUAAAAUAAGUGACCUAAUAGACAAGCACUAAGUGGUCACUCGCAGUACCAAUUAGCUUUUUACACAACUGUAAAUUUGAUUGCACUAGCAGGUUAUGUUGCAACCUUUGAUGCAUCAUAGUGAUUCAGUU